AUGGAUUGGUGGUCGGUGAAGUUGAACGACAUCGGCAACCUCCUGUGGGGCGACGCGCCCACGCAGGGGGGCGGCCCCCUUUCGCCCCGCGCGUCUACCCGCGGACCACCGGCCCAGCCUGUGACUUCAUCCACCCCCGCCCCCUCUUCAUCUUCAUCAUCUUCAUCUUCAUCUUCUUCCUCCAAACUGAGUACUCCUCCCGCGUCCCCGCGAGGCACUCCUUCCUCUUCUUCUUCGUCGUCCACCCCUCCAUCCUUGUCAUCUUCGUCAUCUUCGUCGGCAGCCGCAGAUGAUUUCAAGGCCGCUACGCCGGCCGGGGAGGACGUGCCCAGGCGGCGGUGGACGUCGCGCCCCAAGCUCAAGUCGCUCAACGAUAUCGAACAGAAGUACCACUCCAUGGGCCACCGCCAGCAGCUCCAGCAGCGCGGCCCCUCGGCCAAGGACCUCGACGUCACCGUCUCCUCCGACGCCUCCUCGCAAGGGAAGCAUCGCACGACGCUGGGCGCUAGCGAGAUCGAGGGAACGUUCAUACAGGGAGGAAGCGGCGGUGGCGGCAUCGGAGGUGCGAGCGGCGCUGGCGGAGAGACUGAGGAGUCAUCGUCGACGAAGCUGCACUUCCUCUUUCUGCACGCGUGCGAGGAGGGCGACGUGGAGCACGUCCACACGCUUCUGUCCAUGUUCGGCGGGAAGGAGCUGGACGUCAACGUGCGCAAGGCCAUCGCCUCGCCUGAGGACGCCGCGCAGCAGGACGAUGACGAUGCCGCCGCCGGCGAGAGCGACGGCAUUCGGCGGCAGCAACACUUCAACACCUUCAACAUCAGCACCAGGAGAACGACGAGCGACGACUUCAAGGUGGGCGAGGUGACGGGCCUGUUCUUGGCCUCCAUCAGUGAAAACGAGGACGGAGGCGAAGAAAUCGUUUUCCUGCUCAAGGAGAACGGUGCCGAGGUGGAUGUGCCGCUGCAGCCCGAAGGCUACACUCCUCUCUUCAUCGCCGUAAUGCGAGGCAAAGAGCGCAUGGUCAGAGUGCUGCUGGAGAACGGGGCAGCGGCAGACAAGAAGGUCGGCGGGUCCACGCCGUUCUUCCUCGGAGCUAAAAUCGGCGUCGGCCGGCCCAUCCUGCGCAUCCUCCUCAAGUUCUGCCCGUCGCUGGUCCACGUGCCUCACGACGACGGCCGGACGCCGAUCUUCGUCGCUGCCAUGUGCGGUCACAGGGAUGCGGUGGAGGUAUGCAUCGAUGCCGGCGCGCAGGUGAAUGAGCCCGUGGACGGACUCACGCCCCUCCUGAUCGCCUGCUACAAGGGCCACGUCAGCGUCGUCGAGCGACUGCUCGAGACCGGCCAAGCCGACGUCAACAUGUGCGCGCUCGACGGCACCACGCCCCUCUUCAUCGCCGCCCAUCGCGGCCGCACGAACCUGGUGCAGCUGCUGCUGGCCAAGAACGCCAAAGUCAACCUGCAGCACAACGACGGCCGCACUCCGCUCUUCGUGGCCGCCCAGUUCGGUCACGCCGAGGUGGUGGAGCUGCUGAUUGCCUACGGUGCGGACGUGAACCACACGCUGCCCGACGGCUACACAACGCCGCUCUACGUCGCCACGCUCGAGGGCCACACCGAAGUGAUGGACCUCCUGCUCGGGGCCGGUGCCAUCGUGAGUGUGGACGAAGACGAGCUGCUCGAAUACCCCGAGGAGCAGGUGCAGGUGCAGCAGCCCAAGAAGGGCGCCCUCAAGAAGGCCACCUCAGCUCGCAGCUUUGGCAAGUCGAAGGUGGAAAAGGCGCGCGAGGCGUCGAUCGAGAUCUCGGGUCCCACCAACUUCAAGAAGCUCUCCGCCACGGGUCCGGCCUCGGCCCAGCAGGAGGUCUCCAAGGUGGUCGUCCAAAUCGAAGAGACGCGUAAGCGACGCAUCAAGGCCUUCAUUCGCGCCGACUUGGGACUCACCAGUGCUCCUGCACAGACCUUCAAGAGCCUCAUGGAGCGAGGCAAGGCGGCGAGCGCCUCGCCCGAAGACGCCCAGCGCGUGCAAACGCUCUACUCGAAGUACCGGGACAUCUACCUGCCCAUUCUGCACCCGGCCGUGGAGAAGCCCAUCCAGCUGGACCCCAAGGACGUGCGCGCCGACGCCGACUGGGCCGAGGAGGAGGGCGUCAAGCGCGCCUACACCGAGGCCCAGCGCCUCCGUGAGGAGAUGCGUCCGUUGCACGAGAUCAGGGCGCUGCUGACCCACGAGCACCGACCCGUGCUGGGCACUCUCAUUUCUGGUAAAGACGCAUCAAAGUCGCCCGAUGAGCUGCUUCGCCUGUUUAAGGACCAACAGACCGUGGACCACUGGCGUCGGGUCAUCGAAGCCAUCCACCCCCUGCCCGCCCCCGCCAUCACGCCUCCGAGCGGAAGCAGGAUUUUGCCGCCGAGGCCGCAGGCGCCGCCGCCCUCCCCGGAGGAGCUCGCCCGCAUGAAGCAGGAGGUGCAGGAGGAGCUGGCGCGGCUGGACGAGAAGGAGAAGGAGGUGAGGAAGCAGCAGCAGAACGUGGUCGACUUUGGCGCCUUCUGCGAGGAAGUGGUCAAGCGCGCCACCAACUACUUCAACAUCGAGCGCCUCGUCACCACGCACCGCAAGCUCGCCCAGGACAAGAGACAGGAGCUGGUCAAGGCGGUUCACCAGGAGCUCGAGGAGGAGCUGCAGAUGAAGAAGAAGAGGAUCGUCGAAGAGGCCGAACGUCAGAAGCGCGAGGAGGAGGAAGCCGCAGCCGCCGCGCUCGAUUCUACAUUCGUGCCUCCUCCGCCGCCCUCCGUGCAGUCUUCGCCUCGCGCGGGGCCACCGCUCCCGCCGCCCCGUAGCUCGCGCGCCCCGCUGCCCGAGAGGCUGGCCGAACAGCAGCACAAUUCUGAUAACAGGUACGGCGAUGCCGAAGAGGAGGAGGAACAGCAGCAAGACUCGAGGAGCAAGCGACAGUCCGUCUGGGUGCCGGGCGGCGCCAGGCAGCGUCAGCGACGAAGUAUAAUGACGAGGAUGAUGAUGAGGCGGAGCAUCCAACUGACGAACGUGCCUGGCACGCCGCCCUUCACCACCGCCAACCCGCCGCCGAUGUGGUCCCGCAUGCCGUCCCUCGGCUCCAACCGCACCGCCACGUCCCAUAACCCCGAAGACCCCGCGUCGGCCGACGUCGAGCAGCAGCCAGCGCCCUCCGACGACAACGCCGGCUACCACUACGGCGACGAGCAGCAGUCGCAGGAGCAGGAGCAGCAACACGAACACGGAGCCGAGUACCCGGAAGAGGAGGUGGAGCAGGUGGAGGCCUAUCCCGAGUACGACCCGGAGACGGAGUACGCCUACCACUACGACGAUGAGGCGUUCGAGGACGUGGACCUCAAGGAAGCCGAGCUCUGGUGA